ACCUGAACAAGCACACAUGCGCAAGGAGAAUCAGCUUGUAGAAUUCAUUCCUAGGGUUCUUCUUCGUCAUGAUGGUCCAUUACUCAAGUUUGUUUUCUCAACCUAUAUCUUGAGAAGUUGUUCAGAUAUGGAUCAACGUUUAGUUCUCUUAUCAAGGAGAAGUGUUAUGGAAUUCUCACUUGAGUUCUUGGCUGCAGGCUUUGUUUCGGAGAAGCUUCCGAUUGCUUUGAAUAAUGUUAGCUAUUUUGAAUUAUUUCAUUUUGAUUUCAAUGAAUUUGAUGCAGUAUCCUGUACUCUUUUAUCGAUUAGAAGCUCCCCCAAUUUACAACAUCUAAAUAUAACGGGUAGUAACUACUUGUCUGCAGGCAUCAGUGACAUGGAAAGUAUAGUCAACUUUUAGUUAGAAGAAAACUGCUCAUUUUGUUUCUUAAAGCUCAAAUCUGUGAAGCUGACAUAUAUUCGUGGUCAGAGGUCCAACAUGGAGUUCACGAAAUUUAUACUUGCCAAAUCACCAUUUCUUCAGACGAUUAUUGUUGAAGCUGAUGGAGCAGAUCAUUUCUACCAUGAAUCCAGCGUGUUGAAGAACCUGAUUCGCUUUCCUCGCUGUUCAACAACAGCAGAAAUCAUAUAUGAGGCAAUGGGAGUGGAGUCAGAUUGGGACACAGACACUUGAAACUAAUGAAGAUCCUUUCUUCAGUGAAUCAAGGAUGUUAAAGGACUAGAUUCAUGUUCCUUAUGCUUCAACAAUAGUAGAAAUUUUAUGCCUGGAACUUUAGUUGGAACAACUUGAUUUAUUCUAGCAUGUUACUUUGAACGCAGUGAGUGGAAAGUCUGCAGUUGACCAUAUGUGAAUUAUGUCGUAUAAGUGACUGAAUGCCGUCUACCAUCACAAUGUGCCUUAUCAGAGCAAGUUCUACGAGUUAUAUUCCUGCAUUUUAAGUUUGCUUUGCAUUUCCUGCUUGAUGGAAAAUCUGCAGUAUUAAAUUCAUUUAUUUAUCAAUAAAAGAAUACGUGGUUUAAGCAUU